AUGAAGGUGCAGCAAAAUGCCGUCAAUGUUCUAGAGCGUACUUCUUCGUACCUAAAGGCGGGUCUUCUAAAAAAAACACCUGCCUGGUACGAUGUUGUAGCAUUCGUCCCGCCUUCCAAGAGAUUCGUGCGUGAGCCACGUCUGGUCAAUCCAUCUACCAACAAGGAAACUGCAAAACUCUCAGAGUUUGCUGAGCAGUAUAGUGUGGAAAAUCGCUCAUACAAGACUCGGGCCAGCCGUAGUGAAAGGCAGGUUUCCGGCAGCAAGCUGUUCGCGGCACCCAAGCUAAAGUACGCAGAGGAUAAGCUGAGAGAAGUUUUUUACGAGCAGCACCCAUGGGAACUUUCUAGGCCCAAAAUGCUGGUAGAAAAUUCGGGAACUCACGACUACGACUGGAGCACAAUCCAGCAAUUAGGCAAGCCUUUGGACGGCGAGAGCGUAGUCCAAAGAACACUUUAUCUUCUACGAACAAAGGCGCACCAGGAGCUCCUUGCUGCAUACGACCAAGCUCGGUUUGAGUUUUACCGACUAAGAAUUCAAGAAGAAGUGCAAAACCAAGUUGCGCAGGAGGAGGCUGAGAUGUUCGGCAGUGUUUUCGGCCCAUCUGCUAUCGACUUCGGUCUUGAGAAGGAGCAAAAGAUCAUUGACGUGUGGAAGCAAAAGGCUAUCGACCAGACGGAAGUUAUGUCUGCCAGAAACAUCAAUCCUUCGGAAUCCUGGUCCGCUCAAGAGUCUCAACCCCAAUCCGACGCGAAGGCCGAGGACACGAAAGAACUGCAACUGUAG